AUGCGUCGAGACUCUAGCAUAGCGAGCAUGAGGGGGUCUUAUCCGCCAGGACAAUGCUGCACGCGCGGCCAGCUUCAAUCUGGCCCAUUGACUGGUAGCAUGACGAAAAUCGAAAACGAUUUUGAUGCCUAUAUUAGCUUGCCUGGGAACAUGAUCGCUAGCAACGGACACGGGUUGCUUCUACUGUCUGAUGCAAUGGGCUUGUACCAGAACACCAAACUUCUAGCAGACAGUUUCGCACAUCAAGGUUAUAUAUGCCUUGCGCCUGACAUCUUCCGUGGCGAUCCAGUGCCCUUGAAUAUACCUGAAAUCUUUGAUUUCCAAGCCUGGCUAUCAGGAGGAUCUACUGGCGAUAAUGGCCACACAGCGGAACAUAUAGAUCCGAUUAUCCUUAUGGCAUGCAAAGCGUUGCGGGAUUUAGGGUGCAACAGAAUUGGAGCAGCAGGUUACUGCUUUGGUGCCAAGUAUGUCGUGCGCCAUUGCUCUACCACUAUCGACUGCGGUUUUAUUGCACACCCAUCCUUUGUUGAAGAAGAAGAGCUUAAUGCUUUAAGCGGGCCAUUGUCGGUGGCAGCAGCAGAGGUUGAUGAUAUCUUCCCUGUCAGCAUGCGCAAUAUAUCAGAGGCUACAUUGCAAGGUCUUCAAUUGCCCUAUCAAAUUGUGCUUUAUGGAGGAACCAGCCACGGCUUCGCUACUCGUGCGGAUAUGGACGUUCAGCUUGAAAGAUUUGGUAAAGAACAAGCAUUCAAGCAAGCAAUCGCGUGGUUUGAAGAAUUUUUGUAG